AUGUCUAAUCAACAGCAAUCUUAUACUAUUUGGUCACCACAGGAUACCGUCAAGGAUGUCGCUGAAUCAUUAGGCUUAGAUGGAAUUAGUGACGAUGUUUUGAAGGCAUUAGCAAUGGACGUCGAAUAUAGAAUCCUUGAAAUUAUCGAACAAGCUGUGAAAUUUAAACGUCAUUCAAAGACAGAAGUGUUGUCAACUGAAGAUGUCGCAAAGGCUCUAAAUGUGCUUAAUGUAGAACCACUUUAUGGUUAUCAUGAUGGUUCUGCUAGAGAUAAGGACGUCACUUUCAAACGUGUAAAUGUCACUGGUGGACAACCUGUUUAUUAUAUAGACGAAGAAGAAGUUGACCUAGAUAAAUUAAUAAAUGAACCUUUACCACAAGUGCCACGUUUGCCAACAUUCACUACUCAUUGGUUAGCUGUAGAAGGUGUACAACCAGCUAUUGCUCAAAAUCCAAACAUCAAUGAAAUUAGAACUACAAUCGCUCCAACAACAAGAGGUGCAAUCGUCUCCACAUUGAAUGCUAAUUCUUUACAAAGCUCGUCUACAAAUAAUGCAAUUGCACAGAAUCAAAAUGAGAACAAUGGUAAUGGACAAACAUCUCUACCUGUGACCGCAGUGAAACCAGGUCAAAAUACUAAUGUUGAAGUAAAACCUUUGGUUAAACACGUUCUAUCCAAAGAAUUACAAAUUUACUUUAAUAAAAUAAUUUCAGCAUUAACUUCAAAGGAAAAUAUUAGUGACUCUUCAGAACACAAUAGCCAACAACAACAUCUCAAAGCUGCUGCUCUAACUUCUCUAAAGACCGAUAGUGGGUUACAUCAAUUAGUUCCUUAUUUUAUUCAAUUUAUUGCAGAACAAAUAACACAUAACUUAUCAGAUUUACAAUUACUAACGACAAUUCUUGAGACAAUAUACUCAUUGUUAAAUAACCCUUCAAUCUUUUUAGAACCAUAUAUCCAUUCAUUAAUGCCAUCUAUUCUAACUCUGUUAUUGGCAAAAAAGCUUGGUGGUGCUCCAACUUCAGAGACUCCUGAGGCUACUAAUGAUUUUUUGGAAAAGACUAACGCAUUACGUGACUUUGCUGCCUCAUUAUUAGAUUAUGUCCUAAAGAAAUUCCCAGAGGUCUAUAAAUCUUUAAAACCGAGGGUCACAAGAACACUACUUAAGACUUUUCUAGAUACAAACCGUGUUUUUGGUACUUAUUACGGUUGUCUCAAAGGUAUUACAGUUCUAGAAUCUGAAUCAAUUAGAUUUUUCUUUGGUAACUUACAUAACUGGGCAAGAUUAGUGUUUAAUGAACAAAAUUUGACAUUGGAUGAAUGCUUUGAUUCUGAAACUAUAAUAAACAACAAAACCAAAUUUACAGAUAAAGAAUUAUUUUAUUUAGUAGAUGUAGUGAUAAAUGCAAUUUGUGUCCUUAAGAAAGAUUUACCAGAAAUAUAUGAAGAAUCUAAUGAAGAUAAGAAAGAAAUAAGUAAUGAAACUAAACAGAAAUUGGUUUCUAGAACUGGUGUAAUAAUUGCUAGCCAGAUACUUAAGAGAGAUGAUACUAGGCAGUUAGUAGACGCAAUGUUUUUUGGUGAAUGA